CCCGCCCCGCCGCCCUCCCCUCCCCUCCCGCUGCCGCUGGGAGCCGCGCCGCGCCCAGGCAGCCGCUCCGCUCCGCUCCGCCGCCAUCGCCAUGAGCUUCUUGUUUGGCAGUCGCUCUUCCAAAACCUUCAAACCAAAGAAGAAUAUUCCAGAGGGGUCUCACCAGUACCAGCUGCUAAAACAUGCCGAAGCCACGCUCGGAAGCGGUAAUCUCCGGAUGGCCGUUAUGCUUCCAGAGGGUGAAGACUUAAAUGAAUGGGUUGCAGUUAACACCGUCGACUUCUUCAACCAGAUCAAUAUGCUGUACGGAACCAUCACGGACUUCUGCACGGAGGAGAGCUGCCCCGUGAUGUCUGCGGGCCCCAAAUACGAGUACCACUGGGCAGACGGGACAAACAUCAAGAAACCCAUUAAGUGCUCGGCACCAAAGUACAUUGAUUACCUGAUGACUUGGGUCCAGGAUCAGCUGGAUGAUGAAACGCUAUUUCCUUCUAAAAUAGGUGUGCCAUUCCCAAAGAAUUUCAUGUCAGUGGCAAAGACAAUUCUAAAGCGUCUCUUCCGAGUUUAUGCCCACAUUUAUCACCAGCACUUUGACCCAGUGAUCCAGCUCCAGGAGGAGGCGCACCUUAACACUUCUUUCAAGCACUUUAUAUUCUUCGUUCAGGAAUUCAACCUUAUUGAUAGAAGAGAACUCGCACCGCUUCAGGAGCUGAUUGAAAAACUCACCUCAAAGGACAGAUAAAAGGAAGAGGAUUUCUCAGAGUCACUUGUUUCUUUACGCGAGCGUGUGGUAUUUGUUUUUUGUUCAUUUGUUUUUUUUAAAAAACAAAACAAACCCCCCUGUGCUGUUGCUUAAUGACAGCCAAGAUCGACUUUCUGUGCUUUCGUUAGGGGAAAUCUUUUAUCUGUUAGUGACACGUGGUAAAUAGCUCUUUUUUUUUCUUUCUCCUAAUUGUCGUUACUCAUUGUGGAAUUGUAGGAGGUGCUGAGUGUUCAUAAAGGAACCGUGCUGGGAUAGGGGAUUGCCUCUGCUGGUGGAUGGGUUCUUGUGCUGUGUCAGUGGUUGCCCAUUCUCACAAAGUCCCUAGAAGACUUGCGUACGUUCUCUAAGUGCCUUGGCAGACUCACUUCUGCAAAGCACACGCGAUACUGAACAUUGCUGGAAACGGAGACUACCAACUAACACCCAGGACACUUACCGAUACUUGCUUUAGAGAAAUAUAUAUAUAUAUAUAUAUGCUUACACUAAAAACAAAGCCAUAACUUACUGAAAUCAGUGAUCUCCAGCUUUUAAUACAAAUAUUUGUCUUAUUUUUUUAGAGAUUAAUAUAGAAUUUUUCCAAACUAGAUAUUUCUUACGGAGAAAAGCGCCGGUGAGGUCCUGGUGGCUAAAUGGAAACGGUGAAGGUGGUGUCGAUACAAAAGAACCAGUGCUCGGCGAGUACUUCCCUGUCUGCUGCCAUUGGUGUUGGCUUUUCGUAGUUGCUUUUAUGUUUUUAACAGGGAAGCAUCCACCUGGGCCAGCCGCUUUUCCUGAGUUUCCGAGCGUUUGCCAAAUGAACGGUUCGUUUGCACAAAUACGAUUAGGAAAAAGUUUCAGUUACGGAAACGCUCUGGGGCAAUACUACGGAAAAUCUGGUGAAAUGGCGUUUGUAGAUGAUGAAUGAAAAGCCUGGCUCUGCGGAGGAGCUCUGGUGGCCAGUGUUUUCUGUGGUUGGAAAUGUUACCUUGGAGGGAAUAUAAUUCCACGGACCGCUUGGGAUUUAUGUUAGCGUGAUGGUGUUUUUCUCCCCCAUUUCCAGUUGCAGCCUGUCCCCAGGGAACCACAACUGCUGCCUGGUGUUUCAGGUUCCAAGGAAUCCGCGCUAGGCUCCGCAGUGUGCUAUCUCGUGAUAUCCCUAGUUGCCAAAUACAGCACGCUGGGUGGUUAAUGCCGGGCUUCGCUAGAACCGUGACUCCCCAAAACCACUGGGUUUAGACCUGAAAGAGAUGACCGGUGUGCGCCAGACUGACUCCUCAGCUCUGGGAUUUACGGACAAGGCCAAGUUUAGCACGCCACAGAAUAGUUGAGCUUAUGCUUUAUGGGCCUCAGCUUGACUGAAAACGCUGAGUAAAGCGGCAAACGCUGUGCAGCAGCGUGAGAAAUGUGUGAGCGGCCAUCGGUGUAGGCAGCCGUUCCGCAUCUGAGCACAGUAACGAACAUACCCUCGUUUGAGAGAUGAGAAUCGCUGCUGCUGUGGUAAAACGCAGUGUUUCAGAGCACCUGAAGGUUAUUUUGAGAACUGUGUGAUCUUCGAUGGAGUUAAAUUUGUGUUCUUGUUUCACGGCUGCUUAUGUAGAAACGGAAGCGUGGCACGUUGUGUAGUGAAGAGCAGUCACACGGGGGUGUUUGUGCUGAAUUCAGGCCUGGCUGCACAAGUAUUAGACAGAGGCUGGUGCACAACACCUGCGCUUUGGCAUUGGGAAUUAAGCAUUUUUUGGAAUUUGGCAUUUGGAAUUAAGACAGGCCUUGGUUUCAUUCGAAGCUUCAUCACGGCUCAAGAAAACAGAAUGUGUUUGGCUCUGUUGCAAAUCAAUGCCAUCGCCAAUCUGCUCGAGGGACAAGUGGAAUUUUCAGUUAUUCUUAUUUUUCUUACCAUCGAGUGUUGGGAUGGGGUUGCAGCUCCUUCAGUGCCCGUGGAGCCAAGCUGGUGAUGCAGAAAGCUUUCCCGCAGAUGUUUUAACAAACUCCUUGUUUAAAAAAAUUGGAGUGAGGUCUUAUCCCUCCUCAGCCAGUAGAGAUCUGGACCGUUCUAUAUGCGUACACACGAGGGAGGAAAAGAGGAGAGAUGCUCUGUGUCUGUUACCUCCUCGGGGAGAUGGCAGCUGGAAAAGAGGUGCGUGAGACAGAAGAAACUGAGAAGUGAACACAAACACGAAGCACGAGUGCAAUUCCCUUUCCUUUGGCCGUCGCCUGUGGCCGCAGUGUUCACCCCAGGGCUUUGGCCAGUCCGGCUGCUCGCAGGAUGUGCCCGGCCUGGGGAACACAGGAUUUCCCCCCACGGUUCUGUCGGCAGAGUCAGUCAGUGCUGUGGGAUCUCUGUGCUGCUGCCUGGAGUCAAGGCUGAUAAGAAAGAAGGGUGGAAUAUUCCAUGUGUUGGACCAGGCAAGCGCCCCAUCCUGUUGAGCAGUUCGGAAGUGGCGUUCCUUCAGUGCACACCAUCCUUUCGUGUGUUGGUUGUUUGCUGUGCGAGCUGCGAAUCCAGGGCUUCUGUGGCCUGUGAGCAGCAUCCAUGGUGUCUCUGCCACUGCGGGGUUGUUUUUAACGGAGCGGCCCACGGGACGUGCCCGCUUUGGGAGCAGCGGCGUGGCAGGGAGAGCUCUGCGGGCAGGGGCGGAGGGCUCUCCAAGUUUGAGAUGGAAUAACGCAGGAGACUUGUCUUUUCUGAGUCGUGGAAGCAGCCAGCAUCCACCCGACUGCACAAAAGCAGCUGAACUCCCAAAUGCGAACGGCACAAUUCUAAACGGCCUCUGCGCACGCAGGAAACUGAAUUUACGAGCGCAAUCCUGCACGCGCGGCCUUUUGUGCGUGCUUCUAUCUGAGCGGUGUUUAAUGACGGACAGUUUCCAGCUCCAGAGGCGUGCGGAGCGCCGCAGGUGCAGUUUGAUAGUCGGAAUCUUGUAACCUUCGCAGUGAAAAGCGCUGUGCUGAGGUGAGCCGGUGCUGCUGAGGAGGCUGCGUGCGCGCGUUCGCGGUGCUCCUGAAGCUGACUGGGGAGGAGCCUUCAACUGGUGCUGGAGCCGAGUUAUCCCAUCGCAGCGAGAGACGAGAGGGCAAAUGGCAGAGCCUGGGAGAUCUCCUCUGUUAGAGGGAAAGCUCUUACGGUGGUUUGGUGUCAGGUACCAGCAAGAAAGUCAAAAUAGAGAAAUAUUUAGAAGUGAGGAUUUGCUUGGAGUGAUACCGCUUCUCUUUGUUGGCAGAGGGGGGUUUUGUUUGGCUUUUUUUUUUUCACCAAUUCUGGUAAUUCAGAGGCCUCUGCUGCAGUUCAGCCAAUCAGAGCAGAAUGUA